AUGACUCCACGAAAAUUUUCCAAAAUGGCGGCUGUAGGGGGAAUUGUUGCUCAAGAAAACCAUGGCGGAUUUUCGUUCGAAAACUGCAAAAGGUUUGAAUUUUAAGAAUGUCGAAUUUCCUUUUAUUCACCUUCUUUCAGUUCUAACUUUUUGAUCCCAUCGUAGAAAUGCCAUACUGGAGAAAAUGGGCGCUAAGCUGCCCACAGCAAGAAAAACUGGUACAACUAUUGCGGGAAUUGUAUUCAAGGUUAGAUUUGAUCUUCCUGUUAUUGGGUAUUUCGCCCUGAUCAGUGAUCGAUUUGUUCGUGAUUAGCGGGUUUAAAGGAACAAAUGUCUUCGGAAUUGGUUCUUCUUCGAGAUCUGUGGUCUAUUCAAAUCUUUAUAACGUUUUGUCGUGAGCACAUGUAAAACCAGUAAUGCGUUGUAGUGAAAGAAGGGAUUGUCUGAAUCUGCUAAUUGUUACCUUUGUAGGAUGGCGUCUUAUUAGGUGCUGAUACGAGAGCUACUGAGGUUAGUAUUAGCUUUUUAUAACGCAUUUUUGAGGUCUAAUCAAAUAGGAAAUAGGCUUCCUUUACGCAUAACAUUAUACUUUUUCAAAAAGAAACGCUAGUCGCAAAGGUAAUAUUUAUUUUUCACCAUUGUAUUCUUUUAUUGAAGAACUGCACAACUUUUUAAAACACAUUUUUGGAUUAUUUUGUGAUUUGUGUUUAUUGGGAACUGGUCACCAAUGAAACUGUAAUUGAGGUCUAAUGAAAUAUGAAGUAAGGCUUCCUCUACGCAUAACGUACCAUUUUUAAAAAGAAUCCCUAAUCGCAGAGGUAAUAUUUAUUUUUCACCAUUGCAUUCUUUUAUUGAAGAAAUGCACACUUAAUCAAGGAGCGAAUUGGAAAGGAAUGUUGCUACGUGUAGCUUCUCUUUGUGGAAAAACAGUAGAGUUGUAGUACCAAAUAAUAUCUUUGAGGGCAAAUUUUAGUGCACACAAAUUAUCACUAUAGAGGCUGCCAUUCUGAAAAAUGGCUAUUUCAGAAAUCUUUCUUCAUUAGAAAUGGUACAAAAUUAAUAACAACUCACAUUGGUUGUUGUUCUGGUCAAAAAAUAAUCAGAACUUUUUAGAACAAGUUACAUUUUCAAUCUGCAUGUAUAUGCCUGCUACUCUUUGUGGCUCUCUUUUUUUCAUUCUGUGAAUUGUAAUUUCGACUUAUAUUUUUCAUGUUUAUUAUUUGUUACUUUGAAGGAUACAGUUGUUGCAGAUAAAAACUGCUCCAAGAUCCACUACAUAGCUCCCAAUAUUUAGUAAGUACUUCAACUCUUUUGCCUGUGUCAGUUUACACUGUAUAGUGAUACACUUUUAACUUUGUGUACCUGUGUGCAUUAGAACAGCAUUUUUUUCCUGGUGGUUGGUGUUUUCCUUUUAUUUCCUAUUUUAUACAAAUCGCUUAUUCCAAUUUGUCUUUUUCAGCUGCUGUGGGGCUGGUACUGCUGCUGAUACAGAGUAUGUUACAAAUCUUAUCUCCUCCAACAUUCAGCUCCAUAGCUUAUCCACUGGACGACAGGUAAAUGUGUAUAUUAUUUACUUCUGGCCCUGGUUGUUUGAAGGAUGGGUAAUGCUUUCCACUGGAUGAAUCUCUAUCCAGUGGAUAGCGCAGUACUUUUCCUUAAUACUUAUCUGCUGAAUAGCAAUUUAUCUGUUGGAUAGCAUUAUCUGCCCUUUGAACAACUGGAUUCUCCUUUGCCAAUUAUAUGAAUGACAAUGAGCCUAGUGAUGUAAUACAGACUUGCUCAGAUAUGAUUCACAUCUCACAUUUUAGGGAAGAUAACAAUACUUCUCCUUGAUCAGAACUAUGAUUUGUAAACUUGAUAUUUUACUGAAGUGGCACAAAGUAAGAGUUCCUUGAAAGAUAACACUUAAUGCAAAAGGAUUUGCUGAUUUUGGAAGGAGAGUCUAAACCUUGGCUGAUUUAAUGAGAUAGCUCAGUGUUUGAAAUUAAUUUCCUUUACAGGCCAGGAUUGUUACUGCGUUACGUAUGUUGAAACAGCUGCUGUUCAGGUAUUUAAUCUCUAGAGAUAGAUUAAAAAAAAUGCAAUUCUUACUCAUGAUGCAUGUCCAUAAAAGUAUUUUUUAUAAUUUAUAGGACAUUUCUCCUUGUACUUAUUUCUUUGAUAAUUGACAUCACUUAGUCCAUGCUGUUCUUUAUUCUACAGAUAUCAAGGGUACAUCAGUGCUGCACUUGUGCUUGGUGGUGUAGACUUAAAUGGCCCUACACUUCAUACUGUCUACCCUCAUGGAAGUACUGAUAAGCUUCCAUAUGUCACAAUGGGUAAGUAAACAUCAGUUAGAUGCUCAUAUCUCAUCACAAAAGUAAAGAAAGUCACUGAAGUGGUUUUGUUCAUGUGUAAUGUGCACAUGUACAGGCCAGACAUUAGCUCAGUUAGUGGUUUGAACUGGAGUAACAACUGAAUAUAAGUUGCCAUCAUCUCAUUAAAAGCAUGUAGUCUUGCAAAGCACUGUUUACAUUGACAGUGACCAGCUUCUUUAUAUCAUGACUGGAAGUCAUCACUUAUGUCAAGGGUCAUGAAAAGUGAUUCUGAUAAAUGUCUUACCGGUAGUAACAUUUCAGUGUUUAUUUAAAUUUAAGGUUCUGGUUCCUUGGCUGCCAUGUCUGUAUUUGAGUCACGAUACAAGCCUGAUAUGGAGGUAAUCACUUUAAAUUAAUUAAAACUUUAUGUAAUUUACACUGACUUUCACAUGAUCAUGGUUAACAUUGUCAUUGUGAGAGUGGUUGCACUUAUUUGGGCUUUACUAUUUAUUUCUGGAUUUAUAGUUUUGUUUUGUUUUGUUUUGUUUUUAGCUUGAGGAUGCUAAACAACUUGUUCGUGAUGCAAUUGCUGCAGGAAUAUUCAAUGACUUGGUGAGUAUAUUUUUGCCUUGAUGAUAAAAAUGAAACUUGCAAUUCUUGAGAGGCCAUAUUUUUGUUUUCAUACCUUGUGCAGCAAUUAUUUUAUUUGGUGUGACUGGUUUUCUGGCUGUGAUCUGCUCCUUAGGGAUCUGGCAGUAAUGUUGAUCUAUGUGUAAUAACCAAAGAAGGAACACAAUACCUCAGGCCUUAUGAUGUGGCCAAUGAAAAGGGCAUCAGACAAGGAAAGUACUCCUACAAGAGAGGCACUACAGGUUUGUUUCAAGUGUGAACCACUUAACAUCAAAAGCAACAACAAAAACAAAAAUAGUUUGACUGGUAACACUUUGUUAUAAAGAACUAUUCCUAUAGACCCACUAAAGUAAAUUAAAGUCACAGAAAAAGAUCAACCUUGGCCCUUGCAAGUUCUUAAUUAACUGUAUGCUUGAUUAUUUGAAUGAAAGUUAUUAGUUGAAUGUGCAAAUUUUCUUCUUUCAUGUUCUCAUCCUUGUAAAAUUUCUAAGAGACCAAUGGAAUUCUUUUCAAGUUUGUUGAUCUUAAAAAAAAAAAAAAAACAUGAAAGAACCUCAACCACUUUGUCAAUAACAGCUUACAAAAUGUACAUCAUUUUACACCUAAUUUCUAUUAAUAUUGCAAAGCACCAUAAUGAUAUACACAAUUCAUCGUACAAAAGGGAUCACUGAGAAUUAAGAGGAAAGUUUAUUCCAAGUUCAAAGUUGUCAGUCUGUCUGUGGCUUACUAUUGUUUCUGCUGUCAAACACAAUCUGACAAAUUCAUUUUUUAUCACAUCCCCACAGCUGUUCUAACUAAAGAUGUAAAACCCAUUGUGAUGGAAGUGACAGAGACCAGAGUAACAGGAGAAGCCAUGGAAAUGUGAUCUUUCUUCACUCUUUGUUCAUCUCUUUUGAAUUUGUACACUAAUAAAAGCUGUAGUUAGAACUUCUGUGCUAAGCUGAAACUCUUCC